AUGAUAAAAUUAUCACAUAGUUUUAUUAUUGCAUGCAUUCUUGUAUACAUUUUAAAUCAUUUUGAACAAAUUAAAAUUGAAUCAAAUUCAAAAAUAUCUUUGCUUAGAAUUAAAGUUAAAGAAAAAGGAUUUCUAAGUAGAGCAGCAAAUGCAGCAGGAAGAGUCAUUUUUGGGAUUGACACAACUCCAAAAGAACAGCCUAUUAAUACUGAAAGGAUACCUGUUGGAAUGUUUCCUGAUCCAAAAGAAUUGGCUCAAGAGUUAGACAUGCUUGAGAAUAGGAAGAUAUCACCGGAUAGUAAUCGUCAAUUUGCUUUAAAAUAUGUUACAGAUGUAUUAAAUGGGCAAACACCCAAUAUGGAAUUACUUUCAAAUAGUCAGAUGGCACAAGUUAGUAGUGGAGUAUUCGAUAGAGGGUCUCAAGAAGCUUUAUCAGUUUCUAAUAAAACUAAAAUCGCAGAAAUGCAAGCUAACAAAGAAAAAGAACAGGCUUUACAAUCACAAGGUCAAAUAAUUAAGGAUGGUGAACAAAUUAAAAUAGGGAAACAAGGCCCUGUUACUUUGAAUGAUCCUGAUGAAAAUAAUAAAGGUAAAACCAUUCCUCCAAACCUUGCCUUGGUUGAUGAAGAAGAAAAAUUCGUCGAUAAGGUUGCAGAUCAGUCCAUUUUUAGUCAUCCUUUGGUAAUUAUCUCUAUCUUUAUACUUGUUGUAUGUAUGUUCGCAGGAGGAGGUCUCGUUUAUUUUAAAAUAAUUGGAAAAAAAAAGAGAAAAAGAUCCUCAUAA